AAGUUGCCAUGAAGAUACCAUUGACUGAUAGGUAUGGUGUGUGAAAGCGGCAUGGUCAGCCUGGAGUUGUCCUUUUAAAGGAGAUGCGACGAUUUCCAACUCUCUACAUCCAGUAAGUAGAGUGAUCAUCAGGCAUCACAUGUACACAUACAGUGACUAAUUUCUUCCAUGGCCUCAUCUACAUUCUCUUCUAGUUCAUCCUCUUCUUCAAACAUCUCUCCAUGGCGGUACGAUGUGUUCUUGAGCUUUAGAGGAGAAGACACCCGUGAUACUUUUACUGCCCAUCUCUACCGUGCUUUGACUCAAAAGGGAAUCUCCACCUACUUAGAUGAAGAUGAGCUUAGACGAGGUGAUGAAAUUUCACCUGCACUUUUCCAAGCUAUAAAAGGUUCAAGAAUUUUCAUCAUUGUACUCUCAAAAAAUUAUGCAUCAUCAACAUGGUGCUUGGAGGAGCUAUUGAAGAUUCUUGAUCAAUGUAAAAAAUCAAUGCAACAAAGGGCUCUACCUGUGUUUUACCAUGUAGAUCCAUCGAAUGUACGCCAUCAAAGAAAGAGUUUUGAGAAAGCAUUGGCUAAACAUGCUGAGAAAUUGAAUGUAGACAUAAAGAAGUUGCAGCUGUGGAAGGCAGCCCUUCGAGAAGUUGCCAAUUUGUCCGGAUACCAUCUGAUCAGAAAUGGGAAUGAAUCAAAAUUCAUUGAAAAAAUCGUUCAAGAUGUCUCAAGAAUGGCAAAUGAUCAUUUAUAUUUACAUGUUGCCGAGCAUCCCGUUGGAUUAAACCCUCAUGUAGAAUAUGUCAAAUUGCAAUUAAGGGUUGGAACGAAAGACAUACGAAUGAUGGGAAUUUUUGGAGUUGGGGGAAUUGGUAAGACAACUCUAGCCAAAGGAAUUUAUAACUUGAUUGCUUUUGAAUUUGAAGCUAGUUGUUUUCUUCCAAUUUAUAGCGACACUUGGAAUCAAGUCAAUCGUUUGGUGCAACUACAAAACACACUUCUUUCUAAGAUUUUAGGAGACAGUAGAAAUUUGAAGGUUGACAAUAUUGAUAAGGGAAAAUAUAUGAUAGAGCGUAGGCUUCACUCUAAGAGAGUUCUUCUAAUUCUUGAUGGUGUAGACCACUUGGAUCAAUUAAAAACGUUAGUAGGAGCUCAUGAUUGGUUUGGUGAAGGAAGUAGAAUCAUCAUCACAACAAGAGAUCACACUUGUUGACUACUCAUGGAGUUG